CGCGUUACAAAUGUAAUGUCACGUGACUUCAGGUGUUUGAUGCAAACCGCGUCAGCUUGCCAGAUUCAGGUGCGAACGUUAAAGAUUAUUUCUGGAAUAGAAAGUGUGACAUAAUUGGCCAAAGUGUGGCCAAGAAAUGCCAGCUGCAGCAAGCGUUGAGGAGUCAAACCUUGUGGCGGUCCAGACCUUACAGAACAACUUGGACCGCUUGCAGGAUGCGACAGAUGCCUCUGACAGUGAGAUCAACUUCCUUAGUGACCUGCUCUCUGACCCCACAUUCCAGGCUCUUGUGGAUAUCCAGGAUGGUUUGGAGGAAUACCGGGAACAGAACCCAGACGGCCCCUCCAGGGCCUUGCAUGCAGCAAAGUGCAUCGCAGAGGUCUACCACGAGGUGAAGGGCUUGAUGGACUCGGACCGACAUGUGAAUGAGCUCAAUCAGAUACUGGGGAAUGUACAUGUCAAGGCCAUUCUUGAUGCCCAUGACGACAUCAUAGACCGUAACUUUGAGGAGGCCCAAGUGGAGGACAUGAUCCAGCCGAAGUUAUUCAAGUCCGUGUCCACCAUACAGGACUUGGAUGAAGAUAUCAGGGUUGUGGGCAUCAUGAAGACCGAUGAGCCAUUGGGUAUCACAGUAAAGAUUGAAGAGAGUGGGGACCUUGUAAUUGCCAGGAUACUUGCAGGAAGCAUGAGUGACAAGCUAGGACUUCUGCAUGUGGGAGAUAUAGUGCGUGAGGUGAACAACAGACCAGUCAUGUCACCACAAAUGUUGAUGGAUGAAAUCCGCAGGGCAGACUCACGGGUCAAUUUGAAAAUAAUACCCAGGCAUGUGGACCGCCAACAAACAUCACAGAUGUUCAUGAAGACACACUUUGCUUACAACCCGAUGAACGACCGGCUCAUCCCCAGCAAGGAGGCAGGGCUGGCAUUCCAAGAUGGAGACAUCCUUCACGUGCUCAACCACGAGGACCCAAACUGGUGGCAGGCUAAAAUUGUUGGUGAUGAUAAUAACCAAGUGGGCUUGAUUCCAUCCAAGAACCUGGAGGAAAACAGAAAGGCUUUUGUGAGGCGCGACAUGGACUACUCUAAGAGCAGUUUGUUGUGUGGGUUAAAGCGAAACAAGAAGAAGAAGAUAAAGUACAAUGCCACAAAGAAUAAAGAUUGGGACAAUGCAGACCUAGUGUUGUAUGAGGAGGUUACCCGCAUGCCUCCAUUUGAACGUAAGACCCUCGUCUUGGUGGGGGCCAGUGGUGUGGGUCGAAGGUCACUCAAGGAGAAACUGAUCAAGAGUGACCCACGAAGAUUUGCCUCAGCCAUUCCAAACACAUCCCGCGCUCCAAGGGACGGAGAGAUCCACGGCAAGAAGUACUUCUUCUCUGACCGUGACACGAUGGAGAUGGAGAUACGCAACGACCUGUUCCUGGAGUAUGGGGUCUUCAAUGGGAACCUGUACGGCACCAAGCUGGAAACCGUCCAUAACACAAUUCACUCCGGCAAGAUGUGCGUGCUCGAUGUGAACCCAACAUCUUUGAAGACCCUGAAGACGCCUGAGUUCAUGCCAUACAUCAUCUUCUUAGCUGCCCCCAACGCUGAGGCCCUCACAGUCAUGUAUGAGGAAGGAAGAAGGAAGGGGGUCGGCAGAGGGAUUGCUGGUCCAGGUACAAUAGGCUACAAAACUGAGGAAGAUUUCUUAAAAAUAAUAGAAGAAUCCGCGCAGAUUGAGAAAGUCUACAAGAGCUACUUCGAUACCACCAUUGUAAACGACAGCUUUGAGGACACGUUCAAGGAGAUCAGGCAGAUAGUGGACUCGCUGGGCACUGAUACGCAAUGGGUUCCCGUCAACUGGGUGUACUAGGCGUGUGGCUGUUAUGUUGUUAAUGUGGAGAUGACUGCUUUGUAAAAAAAAUAAUGUAAAAGGCAUCUAUUGCGAACAGAUUUGCGUGCAAGGGGACUCAGGAUGAGGUACGGUCUAUAAAAGGAAGCAGGUCUGCUAAACAAAGAACUGUUUUUGAGUUAUUGUAAUAAAUUGUAAUAAAUGCUGAGCUUUUCAUAUAAUUACCUGCCAUUGGGCCUAAACUUGUGAUAACUUUGAAAAAAAUUGUAUUGAAAUUAGAAACUUUUGAUUGUUAUGCUUGGAUUUGAAAAUUGUGAGAUGCAGUUACCUUGCUAUGGUUUUAAUCAGAUGUCUUUCCUGGUAUUUUGUUUGAGAUUUGAGUUUCCUUUAACAAUAUUUUGAUCAUCUGGCUGUCAUAAUUGUAACAAUGUUCUUACCUUAAUUCAAAACAAGUGGUUACCAUGGUUCUAAACUUACUAUGGCUUAGAACAUGUGUUUAGAUUUUGAACUUUAAAUUCAAAAUAAAAAUUAUAUUGCAUUUAAUGCUUUGAUUCACACAAAAAACCAUAAAAAUGUAGUUGAACGCUUAAAUAAAUAGUAAACCAGUUGUUUGCUACAAUGAAAUAAUAUAUAUUUGAUUAAAUUUACUAAAUAUUGAUUUGUAGUUUCAACAACACAUUUCCAAGUUUAUCAAGACGUUUGCCAAGUAAACCAAACUACAAUGUUAAAUAUACAUGUAUAGUGUAUUUAAAGUCUCUAUAGCGCUCAAAAUCAACGAAAAUUUUGUUAAGUAUGUCGUAAAAUAAAUUGAACACCUUAACAAUCAGUGUUCCGUAUAGCAAUAGCCAAAAUUUCAACGCUAGAUGUGUUAUGAUUACAUAGAUUUUUGUUGAUACAAAAUGCUCAUUUUUUAUUUAUUUGUGGCCACAAUUAAUUCCCGCGAAUAUAUCUAUUCAUACAGCACACGAACACAAUUUUAGUGUUCAUGUGUCGUAUGAAUAGCAAUACUAAAAACGAGCAUUUUGUAUCUACAAACAUCUAUUUUACCAGACCACAUCUGACGUUGAAAUUUCGGCAAUUGCCAUAAGGAACACUGAUUUUUAAUUGGUGAAGUUUAUUUUACGAACAAUUGUACGAAAUUUUCGUUGAUUUUGAAUAGUAAUGUUACUUUAAUAUAUUGGGAAAACUUGCGAUGAGUUUGAUUUUAUAUUGGCCUUUGCAAGUUACAGGUGAAGAGACCAUAAAAAAUUAUGCUCUUUGGUUGAAUGUUAUUUAUUAUGUCAUUAAUUACAUUGUACAAAUAUCACACACUUGUUGUCUUCAUUUCUAGUAGGGGUUUAUGUUUUUCUUUAAUAUAACAUUAUUUAAACAUUAAAAAAACCUGGUUGCUAAAGCAUAAUUAUUUUUGGUACCAUUUUUAUGCCCCCUUUAGAAGAAAAGGGGGUAUAUAGUUUUCGCACUGUCCGUCUGUCUGUCUGUCACACUUUUCGUGUCCGCUCUCUAUUUCAAAUACUUUUCAUCCGAUCUUUACCAAACUUGGUCAGAAGUUGUAUCUAGACAAUAUCUAGGUCAAGUUCGAAUAUGGGUCAUGCCGGGUCAAAAACUAGGUCACGGGGUCACUUAGUGCAUUUCAAGCAUUUAGCAAUUGUAAAAUGCUCAUAACUUCUAUCAAAGCGUUGGCUAUAACUUUGUAUUAUUGAAGAUAGAAACUUGAUAUUUGGCAUGCAUGUGUAUCUCAUGAAGCUGCACAUUUUGAGGGGUGGAAGUUCAAGGUCAAGGUCAUCCUUCAAGGUCAAAGUUAAAAAAAAUAAAAAAUUCAAAGCGGGGUUCUCAUGAAGCUGCACAUUUUGAGUGGUGGUAGUUCAAAGUCAUCCUUCAAGGUCAAAGGUUAAAAAAAAUAAAAUAUUUCAAAGCGGCGCAGUAGGGGGCAUUGUGUUUCUGACGAACACAUCUCUUGUUUCAUGCUUUUUUGCUUGCUUGAAAUGUUAUUGGAUUGAGUUAACCAGUGAUCAUAUUCAAAAAACGGCACUUAUGUUUGCCAAGCAUUAAUAUUCAUAAUCGGCAUUUUCAUUUGUGAGAUAACUAUUCCAUGCUCAUAUAUUUUAAGCUUAUGAUAUGAUUGCCAGUACAUGUGAAACUUUUGUAUUUUGUGUAAGACUUGUACUAUUUCUCUUAUGUGCGUGCUUGUUUAACCAUUCCAAUGUAUAUCACAAAUGUUAUGCAAUAUUUUUUUCCUGUAUAUAAGCUAUAUAAAUCUAUAAAAUGUUACCAUGACUGUUGUGAGUAGAUUGUAUAAAAGCUAUAAUGAAACAUUUGUGUACAUAGCUUCUAAGCCAGAUUUUAUAUUGUUUAUCCAAAGGAUUUAUUUCUUGUAUUGAUUAACUUUUUCGUAAUUGGAUGCAUUUCUGAAUUAAUUUCUUUUCCUUCAUUUUAUUACAUUGAAAAAUGUGAUUGCUUAAUUAAUUUAUGAUCUGUUCAUUUAAAGGCAUUAAACGUCAAGUAAUUUCUGUAAGUCUUUAAUAUUUCAAAAUUUUGAUACACUAUGCUUUAUAGAAUCUUGAAUGUGGACGUUGGUAUACAUGUAUAUCUUUAACAUCCAUACAUCAGGAAAAAAGUGAAUUCAGAAAGUAUUUUUGUAUAAUAUUGUGUACAGAUGUACGCAUAUUAUUUUAUAAAUUGUUAACAUUUUAGAUGAACAACUAUUUUUGUAAGUUCAUGUUUUGGUGCACAUAUCAUAAACUGAGUUUCAGCAUUUUGUGCCUUAAUGUCGUGAUGUUUCUAAAUAUGUAUACAUAAUGAAAUAGAAUUGUCCGUCGGAGUGUUUGGCUAAGAUUCAUUUUGUACUAUGAAAUCCUAUAUUUUGAAUACUUAUUUACUUUCAACGUUGGAAACAAUACUGAUAAGUCAGUCCUGUAUUGUUUUAUUGUAUUUAUAUCCCUGCAUUUGAUACAGUUUUUCUUAGAACAGCCAUUGUGGCUAGAUCAAUGAAUUUAAAAGAUUUUUUAAAGAUUUAUUAUGAUGUCAAAGGGGCACUCUUGAAAUCGAGUGUAAUACUUGGCUUAUAGUUAAAUCACGGUUAAAAUCACAUGUUUUGUAACAUACCUGUAUAUUUCACACAAACCUUUUCGAACGGUUCAAUUUUGAGCAGUGUGGUCGAAUAUGUAAAUAAUGAUUCGUGUAAACUUAAUAUUUGUCUAAAAUAUAAAAAAACAUAUUUCGUUACAACAAAUAAGUAUGUAACAAGUUACAAACAUGUAAUCAUUUGUACACCAUACAUAUAUAGCACUCACGCCUUUCUAUGUGUAUAUCUUUUAUCAUACAACAAUUAAACUAUUGAUGCUGAA